AUGCGAGGUCAGAGCUUCAGCUGCCGAAGCCCUAUUGCUUCCUCGUUGGAUCAAUACGGGGCGCACAAUGGCCCGGAGAGCGCCGGGGGCAGGCGGCAGGCCCACGGCUCCGCUCCGAGCCCAGCCUCCCGCCCGGAGCAACGCGGCCGGCUUCUAUCAGGCCGGCUUCGGCCAGCUGCUCAGCCCCUCCUGGCCAGAAACUGCGGCUUCCCGCCCCAGCCUUCUGGAGAUCACGGCUUCUACAAGUUCCUCUGUGAGGACUCCGGUCUCCGAAACCAGCACCCACCCAGUGGAUGA